AUGGUUUCUGACUAUGAUAAAAAGUGCUCUGAUGCAGAGCACAUUGAAAACAUAAACCAAGAUGCACAGGAGGCCAACGAAGAAGAGCAUGAGCUCUCUGUAAGAGAGGCAAUUUCACUUUACAAAGCUUCCAUAUUCUGGGCUGCUGUUAUGUCCGCUACAAUCAUUAUGGAGGGCUAUGAUAACAUCUUAAUGUCCAGUUUCUUCGCUUAUCCAUCUUUCAAGGAUAAGUUUGGCCAGCCUGUUGAUGGUAACCCUAAUGAUAAGGAGCUUACGGGCCCUUGGCAAGUUGGACUUUCAUGCGCUGCAGCCUCUGGUGCUGUGGUGGGUGUUCUUGCUAACGGUUACUUGACUGAAAGAUGGGGACAUCGUCGUGUCAUCUUAGCUAACUUGACUUUGAUGGCUGCGUUCAUCUUCAUUCCUUUCUUUGCCCAAACAAUUCAACAUUUGUUGGUGGGCCAGAUAUUGUGUGGUUUGGUUUGGGGUGUCUUUGCUACAAUGGGACCUUCCUAUUCAUCUGAAAUUAUGCCCUUGGCUUUGAGAGGUUAUCUGGCAGCAUAUGUGAAUCUUUGUUGGGCUACUGGUCAAUUCGUGGCAGCUGGUGUGUUACAAGCGUUUGUAAGCAAUACCACUGAAUGGUCAUAUCGAGUUCCGUUUGCUAUCCAGUGGGUAUGGAUUCCGCCACUUUUCAUUCUAACAAUUCUCUGUCCAGACUCGCCAGCAUGGUUGAUCCGUAAGGGAAGAAUCGAUGAUGCAAUAAAGGCAACAAAGAGACUAUCACACAAAUCAAUCCACGAAAAAGCGCACCAAAGAGUAUCCAUGAUGAUUCGUACAAAUGAGUUGGAGAAGGAGCAGGAGAUGAAUAACAUUAAAGGAUGGAAAUCUUAUGUGGAGUGUUUCAAAGGGUUCAACCGUAGAAGAACUGAAAUCGCAUGUGUGGCUUUUGCAGGACAAGUUCUAUCAGGGUCCACUUUUGCUUAUUCCCCUAGUUAUUUUUUCAGUCAAGCAGGUUUGAACUCAUCCGAUACGUACAAAUUGAACUUGGGGACUACGGGUAUCGCAUGGACGGGAACAGUUCUUUCUUGGUUCCUGUUAAGAAGGUACGGUAGACGUACCAUCUAUGUUACAGGGUUUGCUAUUCUGACGGCUGUGUUAUUAUUAAUUGGAAUUCUAGCCUGUCCUCCACAGACCUCAGCAAUAAAAUGGGCACAAUGUGGUGUUGUCAUUGCAUGGGUUGCUACAUAUGCUAUGACAAUAGGCCCACUCGCUUUCACCAUUGUUGGUGAAAUGAGUGCGACCCGUUUAAGAGCACAGAGUAUUGCUUUGGCUAGAGGAUCUUACUCUAUAGUUUCAUUGAUCUCAAAUGUUGUUGAGCCCUACUUGAUUAAUCCAAGUGAAGCCAAUCUGAAAGGUAAAACAGCUUUCGUUUGGUUGGGAACAGCUACAUGUGUGCUUGUGUGGUCGUUCUUUAGACUUCCAGAAACACGAGACAGAUCGUUUGCAGAACUUGAUAUUAUGUUUGAGAAAGGCAUUCCAGCUAGACAAUUCUCAAAUUACCAGUUCGACUGGGAGGACGAAAUAAAAAACACCUCUAAAAAUCAAGCUAGUGAAUAA